AUGACUGAGGAGCAACAGAGCAGCACUGACCUUUUGAUAGCCACAGAAGAGGCCCCUACCUGGGGAAGAUCUUGUUUGCAGCAUUGCCCAUUGCAGGGAUUGUUAUUGGCGCCGUCUACUCCGGCCAGUGCCCGCGGCAGCCGCGCCUCCCGCUCUACCUGGCGCUGCUGGGCGCCGCGGGGCUGGCCCUCCUGCUGCUCAGCUGCGCGCCGGCUCGGGGGGACGGGGGCGGCGGCGGCGGGGGCGCGCCCGGAGCCCUGGCCCGCCUGGCCCGCCGCCUGCGCGCCGCCCUCCGCCUCUUCCUCUGCGCCUGGGUCCUCGCAGGCAGCGCCUGGGUCUUCCCCGCCUACCCGCCGGACUACGAGGCUCGCGGCCGGGCCGGCUUCUGCCCGCGCCCGCUCUUCCUCGCCGCCUUCGGCGCCACCGCCGCCCUGCUGGCCGCCCCGGCCGCGGCCGCCCUGCUCGCCCUCGCCAUCCGCGCCGCCGCCGCCCUGCGCCCCGCCGCGCCCCCUGCGCCUGCGCCGCGCUAAGGGCCGGAAGGGGCGGGGCCGGCCUCCGGGGCGCCGCUCUAGGCCGCGCCCUCCACGCGCAGGAAGCGGAAGCCGCGGCCCGGAAGUGCGUCGAGCGGGUCGCCUCCAUCCCUCGCAGGUGCCGCCCAGCCGCUGCCGGAGCCGCAACAUGGCGACGGCGCUGACGCAGGGCCUGGAGCGCGUCCCCGACCAGACGGGCUACCUGGUGAUCUGCGACGGGGCGGUGCUGGCCUCGGCGGGCGACCUGGAGAACGACGAGCGGACGGCCGGCGCCAUCUCCGAGCUGGUGAACACGGCCUGCGCCUUCCGCCUGCCGCGCUGCCCCGAGGUGCCGUUCCGGCGCAUCUCAGUGGUGUUCGGGGAGCACUCCUUCCUGGUGACCAUCUCCGGGCAGAAGCUGUUCGUGGUGAAGAGGCAGAACAACGCCCGUGAGCCAGUGCUGGCCUGAGCGCCGGCGGAGCAGCCCCUCUUCCUCUGCCGGGCGCUGGGACGCGUGAGGGGGCUUCGCGGAGUGGGUGCGCACACGUGGCCCACCCUUCCAGGCAGGCAGGCAGGCAGGCAGCUGUCUGUCUGGAGGGCGCACGUGGGCAUGUUGCACGUAAGGGUGGAGGGCCUUCUGUACGAAAGGGGCUGUGUGGGCUGUCUGUGCUGCAAGAAAAUAAACUUUUUCCGGUGGUGACGCAG